AUGCGGGAGGGGGGAGGGGACGCGGGGUUGGGGGGGCGCGGCGAGGAUCGGGGGGGGGGGCGCCUCGCACGCCCCCGGGUUUCUCCACCACCGCCCCCACCUCCUCCCGCCGCCUCCGCCUCCCCGGACUGCCGUCGGACGGACCGCGACAGUGAACAGAGUAUCUGCCAGGCAAGAGCUGCUGUCAUGGUUUAUGAUGAUGCCAAUAAGAAGUGGGUGCCAGCUGGUGGCUCAACUGGGUUCAGCAGAGUGCACAUCUACCACCAUACAGGCAACAACACGUUCCGAGUGGUGGGCAGGAAGAUUCAGGACCAUCAGGUGGUGAUAAAUUGUGCCAUUCCUAAGGGGUUGAAGUACAAUCAAGCUACACAGACUUUCCACCAGUGGCGAGAUGCUAGACAGGUGUAUGGUCUCAACUUUGGCAGCAAAGAGGAUGCCAAUGUCUUCGCAAGUGCCAUGAUGCAUGCCUUAGAAGUGUUAAAUUCACAGGAAACAGGGCCAACAUUGCCUAGACAAAAUUCACAACUACCUGCCCAGGUGCAAAAUGGCCCAUCCCAGGAAGAAUUGGAAAUUCAGAGAAGGCAAUUACAAGAACAGCAACGACAGAAGGAGUUGGAGCGGGAAAGACUGGAGAGAGAACGAAUGGAGAGAGAGAGGCUGGAAAGGGAGAGGUUGGAGAGGGACCGCCUGGAACAAGAGCAGCUGGAGAGGGAGAGACAAGAGAGGGAGCGGCAGGAGCGCCUGGAGCGGGAGCGCCUGGAGAGGCUGGAGCGGGAGCGCCUGGAGCGGGAGCGGCAGGAGCAGUUAGAGAGGGAGCAGCUGGAGUGGGAGCGUGAGAGAAGAGCCUCCAGUGCUGCUGCCCCUGCCUCUGUUGAGACUCCUCUAAACUCUGUGCUGGGGGACCCCUCUGCUCCUGAGCCAGGCUCGCAGGCAGCCUCUCAGCCGGCCGAGACUCCAGCCCAACAGGGCAUCAUGUUGGGACCACCUGCACCUCCUCCCCCUCCACCACUUCCCCCGGGUCCUGCCCAGACUGCAGCAACACUUCCUCUCCCUCCUGGUCCCCCUCCACCUCCACCACUUCCAGCCUCGGGACCUCCACCCCCACCCCCUCCACCCCCUCUUCCGAACCAGGUCCCUCCUCCUCCCCCACCGCCUCCCGCCCCUCCCCUCCCUGCAUCUGGAUUUUUUGGGGGAUCCAUGUCAGAUGACAAUCGUCCUUUAACUGGGCUUGCAGCCGCAAUUGCUGGAGCAAAACUUAGGAAAGUGUCACGGAUGGAGGAUGCCUCUUUCCCAAGCGGAGGGAGCACUGGUGGUGUGAAUUCUGCCUCAUCUAAAACAGAAACGGGUCGUGGCAAUGGGCCCCUUCCUUUAGGAGGCAGUGGUCUCAUGGAGGAGAUGAGUGCCCUGCUGGCCAGGAGGAGAAGGAUUGCGGAAAAGGGGUCAACAAUAGAUACAGAACAGAAAGAGGAAAGAAAUGAAGAUUCAGAGCCUAUAACUUCUAAGGCCUCUACAAGUACACCGGAACCAACAAGAAAACCUUGGGAAAGAACAAAUACGUUGAAUGGCAGCAAGUCUCCUGUUAUCUCCAGACGGGAUUCUCCAAGGAAAAGUCAGAUUGUUUUUGACAACAGGUCCUAUGAUUCAUUACACAGACCAAAGUCAGCUCCCUCCUCACAGCCCAGUGCCAAUGGAGUGCAGACAGAGGGGCUCGACUAUGACAGACUGAAGCAGGAUAUUUUAGAUGAAAUGAGAAAAGAAUUAACAAAACUGAAAGAAGAACUCAUUGAUGCAAUCAGGCAGGAACUGAACAAGUCAAAUACGGCAUAG